AUGUCAUUUGCAAGUCUGAAAUCUCAAAGGCAAUCUAAGGCAUCAAGAUCGUAUGUGACUUCCACCGAUAAUUCCAAAGAGUCCCACUCCACAACUAUUCCAAAAGCGAUACAUUCUAAUGAUCCAACUACAUCAACUCCCAGCAAUGGAGGCACUGUGUACCACGGCAUACCAGAAAAUGUGGAGGUGCGGGUAUCGGAAAUAUCAGGCAGAGGCUUAUGGGCCAGGAAUUUAAUCAAAGCUGGUUCUAUUAUUAUAUCACUAAGACCGUAUUCAUUUGCACUUGCUAGCCGGUAUCUGGACUCGCAUUGCUCCUCUUGUACUGCCACAUCAAACUCGGGAUUGUUGAGGUGUACCAGAUGCCGCACAGUUCGGUAUUGUAAUACAACGUGUCAGACAAAUGACUGGUCACUUCAUCGACUCGAAUGUUCUGCAUUGACGAAGUGGGCCAAGUCAGCACCAUCGAAAAACUUGUCUGUCCCAAGUGAUGCUGUCAGGUGCCUGGGUCGAAUUUUAUGGCAAAAAAAGAAGGAAGGGUUUGAUAGUAGUUGGUCAAAGGAAAUCGAUGCAUUACAGUCUCAUCGACAUUCUUUGGAACCUCGUGUCGUCGAAAAUAAUACCCACCUUGCCCACUCUCUGGUUCGAUAUCUCGGCUUGUCCUCUCCUGGAGAUCUAUCGGAGUUUGGCAUUUUAUCUGCGGGCGACUUUGCUGAUUUAAUUUCAAGAUUUGUGACGAAUACUUUUGCAUUAACUUCACCCUCGUUGACACCAGUGGGGGUGUCGGUCUCGCCACUUGUUGCGCUUUUCAACCAUUCUUGUGAUCCCGGUGCAGUCAUAGUUUUUCCUCGGUCUUCUCGAAAUCCCGUGGAGGAGCCGCAGAUGCAAGUCAUUGCGCUCAGAGACAUUUCACCCAAUGAGGAGAUUCUGACCUCCUAUAUCGACACCACCCUACCUCGUUCUCUAAGACAGGCUGCGUUGAAGGAGACAUAUGACUUCACAUGCCAGUGUGAACUAUGUCAUGACGACAAUAUAAUAGACCCUCGUGAGUCAAUAUGGUGUCCAAAGUCAUGUGGAGGGAUGUGCCCUGCGCCUAGUGACGGUGAGAACGAAAGCGAGACAUAUCAAUGCGUGAAAUGCCGCGCAGUUGUAGCUACACCUACAUUUAUCAUGGACGCUCUUCAUAUUGGACAAGAAGCAUUGGCGAAGGCAACUUCCAUUCAAGAUACAGAUCAUGAUAAGGCCUUACAGCUGACGACCAAUAUUAUUCCGAGACUUGUGUCUGCCGGCCUGACGCCAUCUUGUCACCCGUUAUUACCCUUGAUAGGACUCCAUAAAUCACUUCUCUUGUCUUCGUUGUCGGCAGACAUGGCACAAGAACUGCUGGACGAGACGAUCCGUAUCGCAGCUAAGCACUAUAUGGGGCUAUCUGCCAUUCUCCGUGAUGGCCACCCUGUACGUGCCGUCGCCCUCGCAGAGCUCGGGAAGCUUUUGGCUGUUGAUGAACCCUGCCCGGUCACAUCACCACCCACGAAUAUCGCGUCCCUACCAUCCGGCCCUGCGCGACUCAAAGCUGCAUACGAAACACUAGUGCGUGCGAGACACGAACUGAUGAUCGGUUUUGGCAGAAACAACGACGGCGGUGAGCUCGGGAGAAAUAUUCGCGAAACAGUGGUGUCGUUGGAGAAGGAACUUGGGGUGUGGACACAAGGCAUACACAACACUCUUCAAGACUUGCUGAACUCCUCACGAAAAUGA